AUGAUGCACUUCUAUUUUUAUUGGUUAUUAAUUUUUGCUCGAUUAAAUGUAGCAAUUACGAAUCGUCUACCAGGUCUGGAUGAACUUAUGUCUGGGUUUGACGCGGCCAAGAUGGUAUCAGGUUCCGAUCAACAAUCAAAGUUUCGAAUUUUGGACUUAAGUGAACAAUCCGGAGUUAAUUUUACGCUUGAUGUUGACGGUCAAAAGCAAACAUUUUCCACACCACUGCUUGCUCAAGUAACUGACAUCAGUCUUCGUCGCGAAGUGGGCUGUGAAGAUAUAUCAUAUUCAUUCGAAAAAUUUUAUGAAAGUCAUUUCCGCUCGAAUUCUUUUCAAGGGGGUAUCUCUGUGGCUGGAUAUGCUGGUCUCGCUGUUCAGUACAGUGAAACAUUAAAAAGGGCUCAAGAAGCGAUUACAAAACAUAAUCAGGCGGUCGGCACGUCAACAUUAUGGUGGGGUCUUUAUUCAAUGCAAUUGGCGCCUUCGUUUCAACUCAAAGUUGAUCAAAUGUUCAAUGCAAGCAUCAAUAUACUUCUCCAACAAGCAUCACCACCCACUACUGAAGAUCAACAACGAUUAUAUAAUCAGUUUGUGGAAUCGUAUGGUACUCAUUACGUUUCGAAAGUGAUCAUGGGUGGAACUGCAUACGUCUACUCGUUUAUCAAUUCAAGCUAUUAUUCCACCGCAAAUACUGAAGAAACAUCGCAACAGAUUGGUCUAAUGUUUGAAUAUAAAAAAUAUCAGGGACAAGGCAGCAUCGAGAGUGCAGAGGUAUUUCAAAAAAUUACCGAAACUUUCAAAACGAGCACAAGUGUAAUAUUAGAAUAUCAUCCACCUGUUAAUGUCAACAAUGAAGACAAUCAAACGGAGUGGAAUACUUGGCUACUAGAGGCUGGACAGCAUCCGGUGGUGGUGAACCGAACUCUGACCCACCUUGCUGAGCUCAUUAUCUCUAGCAAAGCAGUUCAAACACAUCUUCGUACAACUAUCGAUUAUUAUAUUACCAAUGGUAAAUUGCCUACUCUGGCCCAGAUCCAGUCAAGAGCAGCGGUUGUUCGUCUGUCUUCUUCUGAUCGCAAACCACUUGGUCCUCUAGCUGGUCUUGACGUUGUCGGCUGUGGAUUUGACGUCCUCUUGCUUGAAAGCAAACUAUGCGUUUUGGACCAAACAAAUACAAGUGAAGGAGAGCUUUGGUUUGAUCCUUACAAUGAUACUAUCGCCUAUUCUCUACCAAAUGGCUUUUUUGCUACUAAUACUCCAGAAAAACUUCUUCUUGACGUAAGUGUAUUAGUCACAUCAGUCCAAGACUAUUUUCGUUUGACAACCACGACAACGUCAAGCAGUAGUGGUGGGGUUCUUGGCAUAGGCCGAAAGCAUACAGAAACAACAGUCACCGACUUCUAUCGACGAUUUUAUCAUGAUUAUUACAGUCUGGUAUUACGCUUGAUACAAAUUGGUUGGUAUAAACUCUCAACUAAUACGUUUCCUUACCCUCGACUUACGCCGCUUGCUCAACGUGCGAUCGAUCAACUACCCUCGGUGUUCAAUGAAAAUCAGACCAAUGUCUGGGAACAGUUCUUUGCGUCGUAUGGUACACAUUUGGUUGAAUCUUCGAACAUGGGUGGUCUUGUAUGGGCUGAAACAUGGUACGAACAAUGUUUAACUUACGAACAUACUGAGACUUGGAUUGACGAACAAGUGUCACGUAGUUUCGUUGCAUUCAGCACUCAUUCAAGCUCGCAAGACCAUAUGCUUGAGAUAGAUGAAAAAUUUAAACAAUUCUCCAUAUUUUCUUCUCAAAUUCUUGGUGGAACGGAAUCGGUUGACCCGACAAAAUGGAAAGAAUGGCAAUCCACGAUCAAAUUCAAUCCGCGACCGAUCUCAUAUCAAUUGGUCACACUCGAUAAACUAUUGCCCGAAGGCAAUAAACGUACAGCACUCAAUGAAGCAAUCCAAUUUUAUUUAAAAACCGCUGUGGAAGAAGAUCGUACAUACAUCAAUAAACUUGAGGCAGAUCGUGACCCGUUACCUCCAACAAAAUGCAGUCGAAACGCAAUAAAUAACACAAGAGGCGGCGCUACUGUUCACCAAAAUGCAGAUCGCACCAUCGAGGAAACAGAAGAGACACUAUGUGACUACGUGGGAUAUAAAGGGAAACUCUGUCUUCAACGCAGACAGACGACCAAUGCAACAGAUAUUGGAUACAAUAAGCUUUUCCUUGGUGUUGGCAUGACUUUCGACAUAAUAACCGGCGACAUUUUGCGUCCAGCUCUGAAAUAUACAUAUUCAAAUAUUACAUUCUGGACAGACUCGUUCACAAAUCGUCAGUAUUUUGUACCCAAAGAAGUGAGCUUCCCAUUGACUGUUGAUAACGACUCGGUUCCUGUGGCUCAUGUUUUUCUUACUGCGACGGAGCUAUCGAACAGAUGGCGUUACGAUCGAUUACAGGGCGACUGGCUAGGUGGUGAAUUUGGUCAUUCUCAAUCUUUGUUAAACAUAUACAAAAAGUACUUUUCAUCUGACGAAUCAGUCGCCAUCACUCAGCAUCCGACUGUUUUGUACCGAAUGCGUGUCGAAAAUUUCCAAUUGAAUGAUGAAGCACGUGCAGCAACUGAUGCUCUUACUCCAACUUACAACGAGUCGUUAUAUUCAGACUUUCUUCGCGAGUGGGGAACUCACAUUGUUCAGCAGUCGUUAGUUGGUGGAAUGCAUGAGCAACACGUGUUGUUCAAAGACUGCGUCUUCUCAUUCAAUAAUGCCAUCACUUCAGCAAAUCUGGCCGAAUAUCUCAAACAGGACAUUCUCCGUCAAACCCUCGGGAAUGAUUUUUACGCGAAUCGACGUCAGGUUAAAGUGGACCAUCUACUCGGUGGCGAUGUAACUUUGAGCAAUUAUACACUCUGGCGUGAAAGCAUCAUUGCUAACCCUGCAUUACUCAAAAUCGAAUCCUACACACCAUGGUACGAAGUAGCGACACUUAAUGACGCUGUGAAAGGAAAUCUUCGUCGAAUUAUUCAACGUCAAACGAGAGAAGCCGAUUUAGCUCGUGCGCGUGACGAAGCCACAUUAAACAAAAACCUUCUUAAUCAAAAUCUGGAGGCAAAGAAGGCCUAUAUUGGACUAUUGAAUGACGGCACAUGUUCUAUUUCAGGUCCAAUAACGCUGGAAUCAGUCCCUAAAUGUAUCAAUGGAUGUUCGACGCCAAUAUCAAUCAAUUCAACAAUAGAUGUCAUGGAAAGUCGACCAUUGGAGUAUUUCCGAGAUUCAGAGACAGGUUUUGUACGUGCACGUCUUCGAAUCAACGCACAAACAACUCUCGACGGACCACGUGUACAUAUUGGUUGUUCGUCAAUUAGUACACCAGCAAUGUUAACUCAAUCCGUGCAUAUCUGUGUCAAAUGUGAAUUGAUUAGCAGUUUUGCCAAUCAAUGCGCAUGUGUAUGUCCAUCUUAUCCUCCGCUUGUCAAUACAACAGCUGCAUCUCCGACACUAUAA